UUUUUUUAGAAAUAGAAGUAUUCCGGAUGUUUUACUUCCGGUUCUACAUUUACUGCCCUCUUUCUAUUUCCUGGAUACACAACGCUUUCUACAAUCAAGUGUUCAAGAUGCCUCAGAAUGCCAGGGCACUGAUAGCGUACGGACCAUACGAAGCAUGUUAUUUGGUGGAUCACAGAAAGAGUCGGUUACAAGGAUUAGAAACUGUCCUAUUUAAAGAUGGUCACUCUGUGGAGUUUGAGGAGAUAGAGGACUGGAACAUGGUGGAAAUCUGGGUCAAUGGAGAGUGUGUGUUCAAGUGUGACAUCAGGGAGCUAGACUAUGGAGGCGAUGGGGAACUGGAUCCCCUCUGUAAGAAGGCACUGGAAGCUGUACAAAGUGCCUUUUGAUUAUAGUAAUAUAUACAGACACUUUUGAUUUUUGUUCACUAAAGUGAGUCAGUAAUGUCUGGAUGUAUGUGAGAUUUUUAGAAGUAUAGAUGUUUGUUAUAAGAAGACUUGUUAUGUUAAAACAAAUUAAAAAAAAUUUCCAGUGAAAA